GCCGUCGCGAGCGCGAAGCCUCCUUCGAAGCAUUCCUUCUUCGUCAAGGAGGAUGUGGUAAAGAGUGCACUACAAGUACGAGACAAGGUUUUGGUGGAAUGUGAAGAGCCGUCAUCUAUGGCAGAUUAUGAUUCUUGGAAGCAUGUGGUGGACGAGUACGACGUGCAAGCGCUGGACGACGGCAAAAGCCUGCCAGUGAAUCGCACGGCUGAUCAACACAUUGCGAUGCAGACUCGGAAUGCCUUGCAAUAUUUGACGGAAGACCCUGACAUGCUGAAACGCCUCGUAAAGAAGCACCGGAUGGCAAAUGACGACAUCUCUGCCUGUGUUAGCCGCAGCAUGACGAGUUCCGGGGCAGAAGCCUGUGACACGACUCCAUCGGCUGCUGUGAAAGGGCAGAGCACCAUCGUCUCGACCUAG